AUGAUAUAUACCGCAGAGAUAUACGAAAGAGUUAGGAAGCUCUUAGGAGAUUUGUGCAUGGUGCAGACCGGGGACAAUCCAGUGGCAUACAAGGUGUCAAAGUACAAAUCAAAGAAGCCUGUGUAUCUUGUUGAAGGAAAUGGAGGAGAAAUGUAUCUGAUGGGGGAUCACGUCUUCGAGCUUGAGCGUAGUGGGUUUGAUGUAGGGGUUUCAAAGGAGAAAGAGGUAUUGGUUAUGCUUUUCAAGUUCAGCACUAGAAGUCUAGAGGGAGGCAGAAGAGUUGCAAGAGAAUCUCCAGAGGAAGGGCAAUUUAUAGAGGUGGAUGUAGGUCCGGUGACAUGUGAUGGAAGAAGAAUGGGAACCCUGAUAGCAUCAAGUAUUCCACAGGGUUUAUGUGCAUUGUCUAGUGUGCUAAAAAGAUUUAUUCGGAUUGAUACCAACGGGUAUUCAGAAGGAGGAUUUGAAAAGUUGCUUGUGAGGGUUCUUAGUUCCAACAGGGUCCUAUGA